AAUAGAUAUUAAUUCUCAGAUUCUUGGUUGCAACAUUUUUGUAACAUUAAGUGAAAUAACGAUAGUCGUAAUAACAUUAACAUGGAAGUAUGACAUGGAAGAAAGAAAGAUUCGUGCAAUAGAUGAAUUUGUAAUUAUUCAGUGCGUCAGUGACGUGUUGUUACGUUGUUACAUCGUUUAUGUGUGAGAAGAGUGAUUGUAUAGUGACGAGGAAUACGCAUUUCCGCGAGAGCUCUGAGAAGUACAGACUUUCUGAAAAUGGGACAAUAAUCGCACGUUUUGUACACUUCAAAUAAAUUGGUCAGUGGUGUAUACUUCCCUGGCUUCUGAGACACAGUGACGUGGCUUGUUGAUGGACACAUUGGUGAAAACCCGUUCGACAACGGUUCGUGGGGAAAGGAACAUUUUCAGCCAUCGACAGUUCCCUGGCAGCUGAAUCCGCGCGGCCACAGUCGUCCUAGUGACGAUGGCAUAAUGGAUCAUGACACAGACGGAGACGGCGCGAUCAACUUGUCAACGUCACAGCGACCCUCCGCCGCCACCACCCCUAAUGGUGAUACUCCCACUUACGGCCAAGAUCAACAAGACAACGAUCAGGCUACUUCGCUGUUCGCAGCCCUGAAGCAGCAGCAACAGCAAUCGCGCGACAGCGUCUUCUCGUCGCGGGACCGCGAGUGCCGCGACAGGGAUCGCCUGUCCACGGCCCGCAAUCGCGAUUCCGGCAGGGGUAACAUAGCGGAGAUCGCAUUUACAACACUAAUCUUCAUAUUGCAGGAUUCCUCUUCCGAUCAUGCAUCUAAUCAGGAGCGGUUCGGUUAUUUCUCCUCUUUAAAGAACCAUCAGCAUCAACUUGCGGAACUCAAUAAAAAACAAUUGGAGCAGGCAAUGCAGCAACUGCAGGAACAGUUGCAGCUAAACUUAUUUCAACAAACGCAUUUAUUGCAAACGGCAGAUAAAAAGAAGGCAUCAGCACCUCUUCAACAAUUAGCGAUUCAACAGCAGCAAUUAAUACAACAAUUGCAAAUAACACAAAGACAGUAUUUGUUGCAGCAAGGAAUGGGUCUUCAAAGUCACAAUCCUUCUUCAGGUUUGCCACCAAGUGAUAAUCUACCAUCGUGGAAGUCAGAACCCUCGGAUACUCCAGAAUCCCACCAGAAUUCCAAUGUGUCGAAGUCUAAUUCUGGAUUGAACGCUCCAAGCCGGCGAUCCGAGGUGAAUGGCACAACACCGAUGGAUGAGAAACCGCUGGAUGCCUCUUGCAACGACAAGGUUCAUCCCCUCUAUGGCCAUGGGGUUUGCAAGUGGCCAGGCUGUGAAGUAAUUUGUGAAGACUAUCAAGCAUUCCUCAAACACUUAAAUACAGAACACACGUUGGAUGACCGAUCGACAGCGCAAGCCAGGGUCCAGAUGCAAGUAGUGUCGCAGCUAGAAAUUCAGUUGCAAAAAGAACGAGAUCGACUAGGCGCUAUGAUGCAUCAUUUGCACAUGGCGAAACAAAUGGCUUCCCCGGAACCGCCAAAGUCAUCUGAGUCAUCGACGGGCUCGAGUUUACCAAAGCUAAAUUUUUCCACUGCGUUGAUGAGUCAGCCGCCACCUAACUUCGGAGUCUCUCAGGUGUCACCAGUAUCCAUGUCCGCGCUGGUGUCCGCCGUGAGGUCGCCCGCGGGUGGUCAGCUACCUCCAUCGGUUGGCACUGCCCCGAUGCCACCACUUCCGACCAUACCUAACAUGUCUAGUUUACCACCUAUGCCCAACAUGCCAGGCAGCAUGCCGAGUAUGGCUGGUCCAAUCAGACGGCGCAUCAGCGACAAAUCAGCUCUUUCCUUGGCAGGAGGACUGUAUGACGAGGGCACUGUAAGGCGCAGAGUAGCCGUCGAUAGAUCUGGAAUAGAUAUUAAUGAAGAAAUUCAGCGAAAUAGGGAAUUCUACAAGAAUGCAGACGUCAGACCACCGUUUACGUAUGCAUCCUUAAUUCGGCAGUCUAUCAUCGAAUCUCCUGAGAAGCAGCUGACGCUCAACGAAAUUUACAACUGGUUCCAAAACACAUUCUGCUACUUCCGGCGCAACGCGGCAACGUGGAAGAACGCAGUGCGACACAACCUGUCUCUCCACAAAUGUUUCAUGCGAGUCGAAAACGUGAAAGGGGCAGUAUGGACGGUGGACGAAGUGGAGUUUUACAAGAGACGCCCACAGCGCGCUUGCAGCACGACCGGGGGUGUACCAUCGAAGAGUCCAACGCUGACGCAUAGCCCUACUAUGUACGGGGAUGCUCUCAAUGCCAACCUGCAGGCACUCGGGGAAUCUAAUAUGGGAUUUUUGAAUCCAAUGUGCACGUCGACAGCGACAAGUCCCGAUAAGGAACAUGUGUUACCUCAUAAUGACUUAAUGUCGCCGCUGGAUGAACCGGCCGUGCACAUAAAGCAGGAGAGCCAGAGUCCGGAAGGAGGGAAGCACACGAGAUUAAUAAAGCGCGAGUUGCCGGACGGCCCCAUGGAACAGGAGACGGAGGAGGAUCAGGGGGAUGAGAGAGAAUACUCGGAGAGCCAUGGCCACGACUCCGGUCAGGACGAGGACAUAGCGGAGGACCUAUCGAUGGCGCCCGACAUAAUGAUUCCGGAGGAUCAGGUUGAGGCGUAGUACCGCUCCGUCACGAUGAAGACGAGAUGUAUACAAAGUGUCCCGUUUGUUCGGCCACGCGAAGAGAGGAGCCCUCCUACGUUGACCAGGGUAGAAUAGAGAUCGGGGA